UAGCAACGGUAGCAACAGUAGCGCGCGUUUGCAGGUGGUUAGCAUCGUGCUAGCAGGCCGCGGAGCCUCGGUGUUUCCUGUCUGAGCAGCGCGGGGGCUGAGAAGAUGCGACGCGGCCGUUUGUGUAACUAGUCUGCCCCCUGGAUCUCCGCAGAACAAACUGGUCAAACGUGACAUUAAUGUUUUAAAAAGGAUGGACUGCUGACACUUUACACACUCCCUGACCACUGGUGAGACUUUGACAUCAUCUCCAGACGCUGUGAAUAAACAACCUCAACAUGUCAGCUGACGGGACACUAAGCACCGAAACCAGCGACGACAACAAACUGUGUUUGGACACUGUUGUUUGUGUUCAGGUCAGACCAAAGGUCGAGUUUGGUUCUCUGCUGCGACAUGCAGGAGCCACGAAGGACGUUUUCACCGUGAAGGAGGUGAUGUUCUACCUCGGUCAGUACAUCAUCAAGAAGCAGCUGUAUGACGAGAAGCAACAGCACAUCGUCCACUGCUCCCAGGAUGCACUGGGGCAUGUGCUGGGCGUCGACAGCUUCUCUGUGAAGGAGCCACGAGUUCUGUUUGAAAUGAUCACCAAGAACCUGGUGGCUGUGAAGAGUCAAGAUUCUCCAAGGAGCGGGAACGAAUCGCACGGCGACAGUCAGACGGACCGAGGGACGGAGGGGGCGGAGUCAGAAAAUGUCUCUUCAUCGCCAGACAGGAGGAGGAGACGAGGGAGGAGGAGGAGGAGGAGCUGCAGGAGCAACGACCCAGCAGGCCCCUCCCACAGUGGCGAGGAUGAUGACGAAGAGGAGAAAGAGUCAGAGGAGUCGGAGGAUGAGGAAGAAGGAGAAGGAGGCAGGAAGAGGAGGAGGUCCGACAGCUACUCGCUGACCUUCGACGAGAGCCUGUCCUGGUGCGUGAUUGGUGGACUGGGAAGUGGGCGGGACAGACACAGCAGCCAAUCGUCGGAAACGCACAGCAAUUCUGGGAGGUCAGAAGUCGCGGCCCCGCCCUCGGACUCGGACAGUGACAACUUCAGCGUGGAGUUCGAGGUGGAGUCGGUCGAUUCUGACGACUACAACGAAGACGACGUGUCGCUGACGGCCGAUGACCAGGUGUACGAGGUUACCAUCUUUGAGGCAGAGGAUGACGACUCCUUCGACGAAGACACGGAGAUCAGUGAAGCUGACUACUGGCGCUGUGCGAAGUGCGACGAGUUGAACCCGCCGCUGCCCAGGAACUGUUUCCGCUGCUGGACGCUACGUCAGGACUGGCUGCCCGACGUGUCACUCGGCGUGCCUGACUCCGCCCCCUCUGUCCCCAAAGCCCUGCCCACGAAGCCAGCCAACCAAUCGGCUGCCAAAGAAGCUUCAGGUCCUGAUGUGGAGGAGAACGAAGGAGUCGAUGUUCCCGAUGGGAAAAGGGCGAAAACUCCUCCCCUGACGCAGUGUCUGUCUGACUCCGCCCCCUCGGCCCCCAGCUCCCAGGACCUCCUCUGCUUCUCUCAGCCCUCGUCCUCCUCAUCCUUCGUCGAUUCCCAGGAGACGUCGCUCACGUGUUCGCCCGCCGCCCCCGAGCUGGAGCGCAGCGUGUCGGCCGAGUGGCGGAUGCCCGAGUCGUGUCUGGACCCCUGCCUCAUCUGCCAGUCGCGGCCCAAGAACGGCUCCAUCGUCCACGGGCGGACGGGCCACCUAAUGGCCUGCUACGUCUGCGCCCGCAAGCUCAAGAAGAGGAACAAGCUGUGUCCCGUCUGCAGGCGGCCCAUCGAGGACGUCGUCCUCACAUACUUCAGCUGAGACGCCCGCUCUGCCCUCCGCUCUGUCCUCGUCUCCUCGUCCGCUUCACAUUCAGGCCUUUUCCACUUCAGGCACUUAGUGACGAUGUCGCCUUCGUCACAGAUUCUACAAAAAAAAUCUCGUGAGCCGAUUAUUUCAAAAGUAACGUUUCAACUUCAUCAAUCAGUCAAUUAGCCGAUUAGUUGAGUCUCGUCAUCCCUCUGGUUCCUGCGUUUCCUCAUCAUAUAUGAUGGUAAACAACAUGUAUGUUCGGACAUGUUCUAAUAUAAAAAGACAUUUGAAUAAACACGUUACAGACGCAGCAAAAUAAAUAAAUAACCAGUGAUUUAAAAAAGCGACGGUUUGUUGCAGCUCGAGUUCAGAAUGUUCUUUAAGUUCAUCUUUAUAUUUAAUAACGUUGACAUGAAAAUAAAGUAAAUAUUAGCGAUUGGUUAAACACAUGGUUUAAGAUUGAGUCCUUAUGAUUCUCAUUAGAUUCCUCCAGUGGAAAAGAGUGAAGUGAUGAAGUUUUUGUUUCCCAGAAUCCGCAACGUCGCCAUUUUGUCUGAAAAGCCAAAGAAUUUAAAAUGUACAGACUAUUUUCAUAAUUGAUUUAAUCGUUCUGUCGUUAAGACGAAGAACCGUCUUCCGGUUGCAGCGUCUCUGAAUGUUCGGACGACGUCACAUUUGAUCAUAACAAGAAUGUUUCACCUUAUUUGCUAUUUGCCUAUUUGCCUUUUUUCCCCCCCGGUAAAUUGAAAAAAUAUUUGGCAUAUAAACAAACAAAAAAAUCUCUACUUGCAGUCGAAGUUUUAAAGUUAAUGUUUCUAAAAUUAUUCAAACAAUUAUCGAACUAGUUGCUGAUUAUCUACAUGUUAAUCAGAAUUUAAUGGAUUAAUAUCAUAAUCGGUUUUGUACUUUUGUUUGUUUUUUUACAGUAAGAAAAAAGCAGAACGUCACCAAAUGACACUGAAACAUGAAUAUGAUAGAAUUGUUCUUCCACGUGUUUGUGUCCCGACCUCUCGUUCUCGCCUCCGCCGGACAUGAAUCAUAUCGUCAUAAAUCCUCUCAUCAGACGGGACGAUCGAUGUUGAGAUGAAACCGACGCGUAUCGUUCACCUUCCUCUCGUCUGAAUUCCUCCUUGACGCGUCUGAUUUGCUUCUUCGUGUUUGGGAACAUUUUUAUUUUCCUGGAAAGAAUAAUUUUAUGAUUUCACACAAUAAUACAAGCUCAUCCUGAAAGAAACAUAAUGAUCAUUCACUGUGCAGUUAUAAUAUAAUACGUUUUUUGCCCUAAAAGAUUCGCUACUUUACCAGAUUACAUAAUUCUUUCCAGGGGACUUUUUUUUUGUAAAUAAUUAGCAAAUUAUUCAGAAGAUUAUUAUUAUUAUCAGACCCUAUUUAAAAAUAAAACUUUAAAAGGUCUGUGAAAGUUUCCUCGAAAGAAUUUUGUAAUUUUCCUAAAAGAAAAAAAAUAUUUCUUAUUACUUUUGUAUUAGAAACAUAAUUUGCCAUAUUCUUAUAUUUAACCCAUACACUGACUUUUAUAACUAGUUAUGAAUCAUAACUGCACCAGUUGAAAUGACUCUUUCCAGGAAACGUGUGUUUGUGUAAUAUAAUAAGAACAUGUGGCCGCAUGAUGAAAGUUUUCACAACAUCCAUGAUAUUUAUUUAUGUUUAUUUAAGAACUGGACGUUUAUUUAAACCGACACUUUUUCUAUGAGCUCUUUGAAUAAUAAGAUGAAGAUAGUGAGAUGUAUAAUUUGUUGUGCAGAGUGAAGUGAAUAAAAUUUAACUUGUCUAA